AUUAAUAUAACAGGAACCAUUGGAGCAAUAUCAGAUGGUAUGCACUAUGCCUGGACAGCUCCAUCUAUUCCCUUACUGGAAUCUGAAGAUAGUCCCGUAGAAAUUAACUCAUCUCACGAAAUAUGGUUGGAAAACAUUUACAGUUUUGGUGGCCUAGGUGGUUUAAUAGUGACCAUUUGGUUUGUCAAUACAUUUGGGAGAAAGCCGUCGAUUUUAUUCGCAUCAAUUCAACAUGCAGUUGCCUGGUUGCUGAUAGCAUUUGCUGAUAGAGUGGAGAUAUUAUACGCUGCAAGGUGUUUGGCUGGCCUCGCAGGAAAUGUAGGUUUUGUAGCAAUUCCCAUGUACAUUGCUGAAAUUGCCGACAAACAAGUUCGAGGAUUUUUAGGAACAUUUAUAUAUAGCAACAUGAUGCUCGGUGUGCUUGUGUUAUACAGUGUAGCUCCUUAUGUAACCAUCGCAAGUACUGCCUAUGUGGGUCUUGGUGUUGUAAUACUUCAAUUUUUAUUAUUCCUAAUGAUGCCCGAGUCCCCUUACUACCAUCUAAUUAAAGGAAGACAAGCCAAAGCGCUGGAGUCUUUACAAUGGGUGAGGAAUACAACAGAGGUGAAAGAAGAACUGGAAGACAUUUCGAAGGCAGUGGAAAGACAGCAAUCAGAGAAGGGACGUAUUAUAGAUCUCUUUAUCGUUAAAAGUAAUUUCCAAGGUGUGAUAAUUAUGACUGUAUUAAAUGCUGCCCAACAUUUUAGCAGUAUCAGUGUUCUGCUGAUGAAUAUGCACACGAUUUUAGAAGAUUCAGAAGAAUUUAUUUCUAAUAACACCGCAUCAAUUAUUGUGGCAGCCUUGAUGUUAACAGCUUGCAUAGGGGCCUCUCUAGUAAUUGAUAAGUUCGGAAGAAAAAAACUAUUACUUGCUUCCAGCUUAGCCACAGGAGUAUCUUUGGUGUUUUUAGCUUCGUAUUUUGCUGCCAAACAGGCAAACGAAGAUGUAAAAGCUUCUUACGGUUGGGUUCCAUUCGCGUCAGUUGUCAUGUAUUCGUUCGUAUUUAAAUUUGGUCUUGGUCUAGUGCCAAUUGUAACGACUGGAGAAUUGUUCCCUACGAAUGUCAAAGCCAUGGGAAUGACAAUGGCAGACGCCAUGUACAUCACGUUUUCCAUAAUAUCGAUCUACAUCUACACGUAUAUGAGAGAUGGGAUUGGAAUGUAUGCUCCUUUCUUUCUUUUCGCAUGUUCUUGCAUACUAGUGGCGCUGUUCACUUGGUUUUAUAUACCCGAAACAAAAGGAAAAUCACUAGAAGAAAUUCAGAAAAUGCUCAGGGGUGAAAAAAACUAAACAAACGUGAAUUCUUAUGAGUAGGUAAUGUAAUGGUACCUGCGCAAUGUUAAAUUUCGACUGAUUAAAGAUAUUCGACUUCAAAUGUGUGAAGCUGUGAAAGAUAUCUAAAAUUUAACGAAGUUAUGUAACACUUGAAAUAGAAAUGCUAAGAAAUGUUAAUGUUAAAGCUUAAGGAAAACGAUGGUUCUUUUUUGGAAAUGCGUCCGUAAUAAGAAUUAGAUAGUAAUUAAAAUAUAUCCGUUAUAAAAUUUAAUGUGGAAACAACAAAAUUUUUGUAUGUGUGGACAAAUUAAAAU